UUAUUCCAGUAUCCCAGUCCCCUGGAGAAACACGUCACGGCUGUAGAAACAGUGGAAGAGAAAACAGAUUUGUCUACGGGAAUUAUUUACCAGAGGAGAAUUGAAAUGUGCCAGAAUGUAAUUCCUGGAAUUUUAAGAAAGGUAACUACUUGGAGAAAUCUACUCCAGUUGUAAAACCUGAAUGCUUCACUGUGGACAGACCCCGUCCUCAGCGUGCUGCUUCUGCUCCCGCAGGCUGGUGCCGGGGAGUUGUCCGAGCUCGGCGUCCGCCCGCUCGCUCUGACCGUGGGGCGUGCUGUGGCGUUGGGGAGGCAGAGAGCGGGGUUUGAACCGGAGGUGUGGCUGGGCUGCCGGAGCGUGACUGCGGGGCUGGGGCCCGCUCACUUUCCGCCCACCGCCGUCACCUCUUCAGGGGUCUUGUGGAGACCCCUCGCCGCGUCGCUGCUUGGCGUCGCCUGCGUCCGGCCGGACCCGCAGCGGGGCUGCCCUCGGGAGCUGGUCGUCACCCUCGUCAUGCUGGGCUUCACGCAGAGAGGCAGAGUAUCAGUUACGGGAGUGGGUUUGCUCAGCUGUGCGUUGGAAGCUUUUGCUCAAUCGUUUUUAAAACAAGGUGUGAAGAAGGGUAUUAAAAUAAUGGAGACACUUCUUCAGGAGCAGGGAGAAAGUGAGUUUGCGUAG